UACUUUUUGGCCAAAAUUAUGUGGGUUUUAAUUACAAAACUUCGAGCGGCUACUUCGGUUGAAUCUCAACAGUAUAGAAAAGCUUCAAAAGCACUUUUGGUUCUGAUUCCUCUACUCGGAAUUACUUACGUUUUGGUAAUUGUCACUCCAAAUCAUGGAACGGCUAAGAUAUGGUUUGCAUACUUCCAGGCUGCUUUGCUCUCUACUCAGGGAUUCACGGUCGCUGUACUUUACUGUUUUCUCAAUGGAGAGGUAAGAUUUUACUUUAUAUAUUUGAUAAAAACUGUUAUAAAUAUAUUUGCAUUAA